GCAACGUGGUUGGAAGGAGCCACCUGUUCGAAGAUAUCCUCGGCAUUCUGGCGCUUGAGGCUGGCCCCAUCGAGGGUCGCGACAUUGUGCACAUUUGCUCUGUGGAUCCUUUUUCUGGGCGUCGUUGUUGUGCAGAUCGGGAUGAAUGCGUUGAUAAAUUCGUGCAGACCUACACCGCAUUCUGGUUCGGAAGAUCGUGGCCUAUCCCAGCUACUGCCAGAUUCACAAAUACAAAGAUAAAUUCGAACCUCGUCUGUUUCGGCUUCAUGCUGCACCAGGUCCUGCCCGCCAUGCUUCACCCGUCUAACGUUGACCCAGAGGCCGGUGUCGACUUUUACCAAGUCGGCGUCGGCAUGUCUGAUUAUCAAAUCGUCCACGGGGUGCGGAAGAGAAAGGUCCACGAAGCCUUCGUGGUGGACAGAGGCGCGAAAUUCCAGAUGUUCGUUAUGAAUAUCGCCAGUGACCCUUUGGAUCGUUUGACUUACUGCAUCUUCGGGGAUAAAGAUAUUGGGCCGCUGACCUUGCACAAACUCAUAUCCCCUCAUGAUGGUAUCAUUGGUCGCACCAAGCAGAAGUUCCUCGACAUGUUCCGAGAGUGGGCCGCCCCCGACUCGCAGAUUUGGUUCGGAUUGCGCAGGGCCUUGAACGGUCGGAGGGUCUUAGCCGCCUGCCGCAAAGCCUGGAACUUGAAGACAUUCGCCUGUAGGCUCUACCUCGACAGCAUGCGAGAGCGGCAUCAGGCAGCUGGCGGCCACAAGGUGUGGAGGAAACCUGGGGACGCGCCGAAACGGGCGGCUGAUGCGGCCCCAUGGGAGUCGGUGCCAAAGCUGAUGGACACUCUGCCGCGCCUCCAUUCCAUUUGUGAUGCCGAGGGCCAGUGCGAGGCCGAAUCAGCAGUGGCGCUGCGAGCGGCGCCGAUGGCCGAGGACGACGGCGACGCUUUCCGCCGACAGUCAGGUCGCAAGAGGGCCCACUGCAAGAUAGCUGGCCUGAACCCGAAAUUGUACGCUUACAACCAGCGCAUGGAGGCCGCGAAGAAGCUGAAGGGGGCCACGCUGACGGACGGCGAGAUGGCGCGGAUCAG